CGUCCAACGGAACAAACAGGUAGAAAUAACAAAAUGGCUAUGGUCAAGGGACGAAGAGACUGGGGAGCGGACUCAAAUGCGGGGGGAUCUGUGGUUACUGAGGCCACCACAACAGCAUCAGAGAGGAGAAGGAUUCGGGAAGCAGGUCUAGGAUAUGUUUAUUGGUUCUCCUACAUGUGUGCCAUCGCUUCCCUUUUUCUGACUUUCACGGCGUUCGCUUCACCGUACUGGUUCAAAUCUUGGGGACGAGUUCACAGCCCGCUCGCCAAUGUGGGCAUGUGGCAAAUUUGUCUCUCAGGAUGGGUUAAACCAAGAGAUCCUAGUUUGAGGUCUUAUGUUGGAUGUUGGUGGAUACAUUCAACAUUCUUUGAGGAGGUUUUUGACGACAUUAUGCCGCCAUGGUUCCGAGCUGUCCAAGCCCUGGUCAUCUUCACCCUGUUAUGCUGCAUUGCAGUUGUCUUCUUGAUGAGUUUCUACAUGUGUGAAAACUACAGGAUCAAGUACUACGAAAAACGAAAAUUCAGGAUGUUUAUGAUCAUUGCUACACUAUUUUUCGCUUCAGGUAUUCUGGUACUGAUCUGCUCGUUCGUGUUUGCGUUCAAGGCCAAAGAUCCGAAUUGGAUGCCUAGACCAUGGCUAAGCUAUUUCUCAUUCUCGUUCGGAUUCUACGUCCUGUCUGGGUUUUUCUCAGCAUUUGGCGGCCUUGCCUCAUUCAUCAAAUCUACAGACAUUCGCAAAAAGAAGAGGAGAGGUGGGACUCGAGUGCAGGAUAAACAUCGUCCCCCACCUCCUCCAGCGGCAAGUCAGCUGGGAAGUACUACCACUGGGAAGGCCUCCGAAUCUUUCGUUUAAGUGCUCUGCUUGUCUUCAGUUUUAUCUAAGCUUGAAUACCCAGUAGUGUUACAUAUUGAGCUUAAACAACAUGAAUUAAUGAAGGGCAAAUUGGACAAUUUUUGGAUUAAAUUUUAAUUGAAAAAAUUUUUUUUUAGAAAAUACCCAUAAAAUUAAAUUAUGCUAUUGAAUUAUCAUGUUUCUUAAUUGCAAUAUUUACUUCAAACAUUUGUAUUUGUACAAUUACUGUAACUAAAUAAGUAAAUGUUGUGUUCUUUAGUGAAAUUUGUAGAGAUCCUUCAAGCAGAAAAAAUAUUUUCUAUGCUAGGUAUAUGUUUAAUAUACAUUUAAUUUAAAUGUUAAACUAUUAACAUUGCUUUACCUAGAUUUUUAACUGGCAUACAAAGUGGAUGUAUGCUGUUACUUCAUUAAAAAAAAAAAUAUUGUACUAAAAAUGUAAAUUAUUUUUGAAAGAUAAAAUCUUCAAAGUACAUGUACAUCAGUAAAUUUGAGACCUGAUCAAGUCUACCUACGAUAAACAAGAAUUUAUGUAUUGUAAACGAUGUUUCGUAUAUCAAAUGUAUGCAUGGUUAUUUGUAUUAUCAGGGGAGGUAAUCCAAGCUACCAAAGACAUGGUAAUACACAGGAGAAUGUAGUCAACAGAGAUGUCAUUAUUGUACAAAAUAUCACUGUCUGAUCAGACGCAAAGGAAACUUUCCUAAACAUUUCAUCGGUGUAAUCCUGUUAAAGUUGAUUGACAUGAUUUUAAACUUGUAUUUAGAACUUAUAUUUUAAUUUCAUUAUAACAUUGUAUAUAUCAUCUGAAAAAUGCCAUUUUUACCAUUGUAUAUAUAAAUCUUAGGACACCAGGAACACAAUGUAUAUAGGUACAUAUUCAUGUAUAUAUAGGAGUCAUUGAAUUGAUUUACAUUCCAUUUCCCUAGCUUAAAUCUAUGGCAUACUUGUACAUUCCAUAUAUUUUUGAUGUCUAUGACAUGGUCUUAAACAAAAACGUCUUUGUUACUGUCUUCCAAACCAAUAUAAACCUUCGUUAUACUAAGGAAAUAUAGUAAUGUCACAGAAUCUUGACAACAACCCAACUCACUUCAUAGAAAAAUAAUUUAUUCAAAUUAAAAACGAAAUUGAUUACAUCCUUUAAUUUUUGUGUACCGGGUUAAUCAUAAUUAUAUUUAAAAAAACUGCGUAUGGUCUACAAAGUUGCUUGUUGAUAAGCAAUAAACUAGAAUCACAAAUAGAAUCAUGAUAGAAUUGCUGAACUUGAAUAUUGGUGUCCAUCUUGAAAUCAAAGGGUGCAUUCUUCAAAUUUUGUACAGAAACAAAACCCCUUUAAAUUUGAGGAAGAUAAAGUUAUCCCAGAAAUCACUGAUAAGAUUCUACUUAGUCUUGCUCAUCAACAGAGCUCUGUAUUCUGUUUCAUAUUCUGUAUUUCUACAGUUUCUAGUAUACGUCUGCCAAUAGACCUGUAGAUAAUCUCAGAAAUAGUUUUUAACUUUUACUAGUUAAAUCAAGUGUUUAAGGUUUUGAACAUGACACUCGUGAUCCGGACUUAUUCAUGACAUUUUUAUGUACGUUCUCUAGAAAUUGUAAAUAAUCUUAAGAAAUGUUAAAGGUUGUUAUGUUAACAUAUCACUUAUAAAUUUUUGGCAAAAAAAUUUUCGUACUUGUGUAUUUGUCAGCUUAAUACAAGGGUUUAAAUUACAGUAGAAAUUAUACAAUAUUAUAUGUCACUUAAUAUAUUGCUUUGAUCAGUAAAUUUAAUAUUGAUAUGUGGGGGGGGGGGGAAUAUUUUUCACUUAAUGUUCAAUUUUAUGAUUAAAUCACUCCAUGAAUUAAUUGGAAUGCUACAUCUCUGCAAUAGAAGGCAUUAUUAAUUAGGUUUAUUGUAUUACAUGACUAAAGGAAAUUGAACCAAGGACCCAGACUUUCCAGUCUGAUGCCCUACUGAUAGAGCUAAAUAGAACAUUUCUCCUGUCAUGUCGGUAGGAAGGAGCUGGUACCAGACAUUUCCACAUACAUUAUCUGUAGAGAAUAGAAGUAUACAGAUUUUAUAUACAUGAUUAAUUUGUAAGUAUCUAAUUAAAGUGUGUCAUAUUGUAUAUAGUAAACGGUUAUUUUUUAUGUAAUUGAUCAUUUUUUAUACAAACUGAAAUAAAAUAAUCAAGCAAAA